AUGCGCCAGUUCAUUUCCUGGGUCGUCUGGGCCCUCGUCCUGGGCCUCUCGGCAGCCCAAUUCAACAACCCCGAAGGCGUUGAUAUAUGGUGUGGGAAAGCUUAUAGGGCAACCAACUCAUCCUUUGACCCGGGUGGGUGGUUCGAGGAGCCGCCAAAGUCAAGCGUGCCGUUGCUCAACCUCAGAGUACGGCCACGGAUGAGCAUCUAUCUCGACACGGACGCCACAGGAAGCCUUCUCAUCGACGCCGGCAUCUCGGACCAAGUCGGCCAGCCAUUGCUACAAAGCAAUGCCUCGUCUACAGGAAACAGUUCCAGCAUUCUCCAGGUCGAGGUUAUUUCCGGCGGCUCUGUUUUGCAAUCAACUUCAGUAGAGCUUGGUUCAACCGAUAACGAGAUACUCAUUGAUCUGGAGAGCUUUCCGGCUAGUUUGAGCGGCCACAAUAUCCGCAUCAGAGCGACUUUGGGGCAGAAUACUACCUACACUGCUUCUACCGAGCUAUUCCGCCUACCUUAUCCGGAAGAUUAUGGCAGUGUGUCGAGGAUAGACAACUUGUACGGUGGCUUGUGGGCGCAAAGACAAGGCGGAGAAUGGACUCACAUCUUCCCUUACACGUAUUAUGUCCAAUGGAGUCUGUACUGGGACAAUAACGUCACGACCCUAGAUGACUUCGCCGCCAUGGGAUACAACGUCAUCCACAUUGUUCCCACCGGCACCCUGGGCGACACGCCCUUCCCCUGGGAUCAAUUCGAGCCGUACCUCGAGCGCGCCGACGAGCUCGGCCUGUACUUCCAAUACGACGUUAUCUGGACCCCGCAAAACAGCACAGGCAUGAUCGAGCAAGUGGAACGUCUCAAAACCCACCCGUCGAUGCUCCUCUGGUACCAAAGCGACGAAGCCGACGGCAAGAGCAACCCCAUUAACUCAACAGGCAUCGCCUACCAAAAGCUUCGCGAACUAGACCCCUACCACCCCGUCUCCCUGGCGCUCAACUGCUACGACUUUUAUUACAGUGACUACGCCGCGGGGGCCGAUAUCAUCAUGAGCGACGUAUACCCCAUCUCGACCAACACCUCCUUCUCAACCGUCUACGACACAGUCUGCAACGCCACGUACGGCUGCUGCGGGUGCGACGACUGCAACGGGAACUUCGACGACAUAUCACACCGCAUCGACGAGUUCCAGCGCCGCGAUGGCCUCAUCGGCUGGUCGAAGACGCAAUGGUUCGCGCCGCAGGCAUUUGGGAACGAGACGUUCUGGACGAGGUACCCCACUGCGGGCGAGGAAGUCGUUAUGACCAUGCUUGCGAUCAAUCACGGGGCGAAGGGGAUUGUCAUGUGGAAUUACCCGACUACGGCGGAGUUGGCGGAUUUGACGCGGCGGUUGGCGGUGGUGUUGACGAGUGAGUUGGUGGCAGACUUCUUUUUGGAGGCGCCGCUGGUGGAGGGGUUGGAGGUGAAGGGGGGGAGCAAGGUUGAUGCCGCGGCGUGGGUUUCGGAGAGUAAGAGGCAGGUUCUCCUGGGCGUAGUGAAUCUCAACUACGAGGAUAUUCAGGAGGGUAUUGAGGUUGUGCUGCCGGAUGGUGUUAAGGUCGGUUCGGUCAAUGAGGCGCUGUGGGGGGAUUUGAGUUGGGAUAUUGAGAGUGAGGGAACUUCGGCUGCUACUGGUGGGAUGGCGGGUUUGCAGGUGUCACUCGCAGUGCUUGAUUUGGUGUGA